AUGGAAGAUAUAUUAGAUAACAUCGAUAUAAAGAAUUCUUUACAGAAACAAAUAAAUGAAGUUAUGGAUGAAAAUGAAAAACAAUAUAAUGAGAUAAAAGCAUACAUAGAAAAUGAAAAAAAGCAAAUAGAAAUUAUGAAGAAUAAAACUAAAGAAAAAAAGAUAUCAAUAAAUCGAUUAAAUCAUGAGAUUGAGGCUAACACUGUAUUGGUCACAGAAUUGAAGGAAAGUGUGAUGGAGGAGGAAAAAAAAUUAGAGGAAUAUCCCAAAUUAAUUUCUGAGAUUAAUAAUAAAUUAAAUUUAAUUUUAAAAAAUUUUGAUUCGUCCAAAUUGGAAUAUAAUACAGUUAAAUUACAUAAGGAUUAUAUUCAAGGAGAAUGGAAGAAAAAACUAGAAACCUUGUAUAAGCUUUUAGGGUUUGAAAUAAUAUUAGAAGAUGAUAAAAUAGUUAUAGAGUUUUCAAAUAUUCAAGAUUCUGAACCACAAAAGAAAUAUCGAGCAACUCUUGUUUUGAAAAAUGGGAUAUAUGAAGUAAUUGAAACGAACCCACGUAUUAAUAAAUUUGAAGAUUUUGUCGACAGUUUAAAUAAAGGAUUACCCUUCACUACUUUUUGUUGUCUACUAAGACGAUCAUUUAAAGAAUUAAAAUAA